AACAUGCAUUAGUGGUGAUAAACCAAUCCUGCAACGCUACUCGUUUCAAAAAAGCUUUUUCCACAUGGACAUCUGGCAAUGCGGAAAUUGAUUACUUUAUUAAAAACACUCAAAUUAAUGCAUGGAAUCGGAUAUUGAAGGUGGCUACAGAACCGUUUUUCGCGCUAAAAGAGGGAAGAAUUGUUGAAUGGAAUCAGCAUAUCAAUAAAUGGCGUGGCUCGUGA